GACAGCCGGGGAGCCUCCGCCCAGAAACCGCUCCUGCCAGGCGGACUGACAACAGCCUCCACCCGCUAACCGGGAGCUGCAGGAAUGACCGACAAUAUCCCCCUACAACCCGUGAGGCGGCCGAAAAGAAACGACAGUAAAAACAGAAAUGGGUGCUGCCCGUGGUCGCGAUGCUGUGGCAUGGGCGACUUCCGUCCCCGCACCGUGUGGCUCGGCCACCCAGAAAAGAGGGAGCAGAGGUACCCGAGGAAUGUCAUUAACAACCAGAAGUACAACUUCUUCACCUUCCUGCCUGCGGUGCUGUUUAAUCAGUUCAAGUACUUCUUCAACUUGUACUUUUUGCUCCUGGCCUGCUCUCAGUUUAUCAACGAGCUACGACUAGGAGCGCUCUACACCUACUGGGUCCCUCUGGGUCUGGUUUUGGCUAUUACCAUCAUGAGGGAGGCAGUUGAAGAAAUAAGAUGCUACCUUCGAGACAAAGAAGUGAACUCUCAGAUUUACAGCAAGCUUUCAACAAGAGGCACAGUGAAGGUUAAAAGCAGCGGCAUCCAAGUUGGAGAUCUUAUAAUCGUGGAGAAGAACCAGCGAGUUCCUGCUGACAUGAUCUUUUUAAGGACCUCGGAAAGAAAUGGCUCCUGCUUCCUGCGCACUGACCAACUGGACGGAGAGACGGACUGGAAACUACGCCUCCCAGUGGCCUGCACUCAGAGACUGCCCACUGCUGGUGACCUUCUACAAAUCAGAUCAUAUGUGUAUGCAGAAGAGCCAAACAUUGAUAUCCAUAACUUUGUUGGAACUUUCACCAGGGAAGACGGAGACCCUCCAGUCAACGAGAGUCUCAGCAUUGAAAACACUCUGUGGGCCAGCACCGUUGUUGCCUCUGGCACGGUGGUGGGGGUGGUGAUCUACACCGGCAGGGAGCUGCGCAGCGUCAUGAACACCUCCAACCCCCGGCACAAGGUGGGUUUGUUUGACUUGGAGGUGAACUGUUUGACUAAGAUCCUGUUCGGGGCCCUUGUGGUGGUGUCGCUGGUCAUGGUGGCCCUUCAGCACUUUACCGGCCGUUGGUACCUCCAAAUCAUUCGCUUCCUGCUGCUCUUCUCCAACAUCGUGCCCAUCAGUUUGCGUGUCAACCUGGAUAUGGGGAAAAUGGUUUUCAGUUGGAUGAUAAAGAAAGACUCCAAGAUCCCCGGGACGGUGGUGAGAGCGAGCACCAUACCGGAGCAGCUCGGACGCAUCUCCUACCUGCUGACGGACAAAACAGGAACUCUCACUCUGAAUGAAAUGGUGUUCAGGCGCCUCCAUCUUGGAACGGUGGCGUACGGGAUGGACUCGAUGGAUGAAGUACAGAGCCAUGUGUUCAGCGCCUACACACAGCCCAGCCAUGACCUCCAAGCCUCCAGAGCUCCAGCAGCCACUAAGGUCCGCAAGACCAUCAGCAGCAGAGUCCACGAGGCGGUGAAGGCCAUCGCGCUGGUGCACAACGUGACGCCCGUGUACGAAGCCAACGGUGUGACGGACCAGGCCGAGGCGGAGCAGCACUAUGAAGACACGUGCAGAGUGUACCAGGCCUCCAGCCCCGAUGAGGUGUCGCUGGUGCAGUGGACUGAGAGCGUGGGUCUCACUCUGGUGGGAAGAGACCAUUCCUCCAUGCAGCUGCGGACCCCUACUGGACAAAUACUGAACUUCACCAUCCUGCAGAUAUUCCCCUUCACCUACGAGAGCAAGAGGAUGGGCAUCAUAGUGCGAGAUGAAUCUACUGGAGAGAUCACUUUCUACAUGAAGGGUGCAGAUGUGGUGAUGGCAGGCAUCGUGCAGUAUAACGACUGGCUGGAAGAGGAGUGCGGGAACAUGGCGAGGGAAGGCCUCAGGGUCCUUGUGGUGUCAAAGAAGUCCCUGACAGAGGAGCAGUAUCAAGAUUUUGAGGCACGUUACGUCCAGGCCAAGCUCAGCGUGCAUGACCGCUCUCUGAAGGUGGCCACAGUGAUCGAGAGUCUGGAGAUGGAGAUGGAGCUGCUGUGUCUGACCGGGGUGGAGGACCAGCUCCAGACGGAUGUGCGGCCCACCCUGGAGAUCCUCCGCAACGCAGGAAUCAAGGUCUUGAAGGGGGGGGUGGGGGGCUCACAAUGUGCGUUCUUCGCCGUGCAUGUGGCCGUCUCCAGCUUGUCUCCUGUCAGCAUCCACACCUACAAAGAAUCCAGAUUAGGGGACGGAGGAAACGAUGUCAGCAUGAUCCAGGAAGCGGACUGUGGCGUGGGAGUGGAGGGAAAAGAAGGCAAGCAGGCCUCGCUGGCCGCAGACUUCUCCGUGACUCAGUUCAAACAUUUGGGCCGUCUCCUCAUGGUCCACGGACGCAACAGCUACAAGAGAUCGGCAGCGCUCAGCCAGUUCGUCAUCCACAGGAGCCUUUGCAUCAGCGCCAUGCAGGCGGUCUUCUCCUCUGUUUUCUACUUUGCUUCAGUCCCUCUCUAUCAAGGAUUCCUGAUUAUUGGCUACUCCACGAUCUACACCAUGUUCCCCGUCUUCUCCCUGGUGUUGGACAAAGAUGUCAAGUCAGAGGUGGCCAUGUUGUACCCUGAGUUAUACAAAGAUCUCUUAAAGGGCCGACCACUGUCUUUCAAGACCUUUCUAACAUGGGUACUAAUAAGUAUCUAUCAAGGGAGCAUCAUCAUGUACGGAGCGCUGCUGCUCUUCGACUCUGAGUUCCUGCACAUCGUCUCCAUCUCCUUCACCUCUCUGAUCCUGACGGAGCUGCUGAUGGUGGCGCUGACCAUCCAGACGUGGCACUGGCUCAUGAUCGUGGGGGAGCUCCUCAGCUUGUCCUGCUACAUCGCCUCGCUCGUCUUCCUGCCCAGCCUCAUAGACAUUUACUUCAUCACCACGGUGUCGUUCCUGUGGAAGGUGACGGUGAUCACGCUGGUGAGCUGCCUGCCUCUCUACAUCCUGAAGUACCUGCGCAGACGCUUCUCCCCCCCAAACUACUCCAAGCUGACCACCUAAAGAGUGGGAGGAGCCUCACUUACUGCGGGGAAACAGAGGGGCCUGCGCUUAGACCCGGGGAUCAAACACGGAUUCGUCCCCUUUCAUUUGUCCCGAAAUUCCUACUUGGAAAUGAGAAAGACGGGACAACUUAGUCAGGGGUGCUACUGAGGGGGAGAGUUUUUAGGCUAAAAUGCUACUUGCUGCACGUGUUAGAUGCAAAGACUAAUGAUUCCUCUGUGUGGAGAAGACUUGCAGUGAAGAGUUAGUUUGACCGACUUAUUUAUUCGUCCUAGAAUUAUGAGCCUAAAAAGUGUCCUGAACAGACAUGUAAAUAUGUAAUGUAAAAAUAACUAAGGCACAGAGUCAGUUCAGUAAAUUAUGCACAUCCUGUUUAUUUAAAAAUAUCAGAAAUCAUAUCAAAGGGAAGUAACUGGAAAGUUGGACGUCCCCCCUGUUUCUGUGUACGUGUCAUUUGGCCUGGAAACUAACCCUUUUUCCAUUUCCAUCCAAAAUAGUCGAACCACAUUUAUUGUUAGACACUGAAACUGACGUAGCAUUCUCACUCAGGACCUGAUUCACACUCUCCUCAACACUGAUUUCUCAUUAUAUGAUACAAAAAAAGUGACUAGACUUUGCAUACAACACAGGCCUGUGAGUUUGUGUUUAUUUCUUUAUGCGUCAGCGCGACACAGCCGGAGGUGGUGCGGUCGUUUCUUUUAGCAUGACCCGUGAUGUUAAAUCUGUCUCUGUGUGUUCGGACCCCGAGAUGUGUGUGUGUGUGUGUGUGUGUGUGUGUGUGUGUGUGUGUGUGUGUGUGUGUGUGUGUGUGUGUGUGUGUGUGUGUGUGUGUGUGUGUGUGUGUGUGUGUGGAGCGCGGUGAGAGCAACCACAGAGGAGAGGCCCUUAUGUGCAGCUCCCGUCAGGCGGUGUGUGUAUGUGUGUGAAGCCUUUGAAGUGGUGGGCCACACUUUAACUUUGCAUGAUGACUCACUGUACCGGUGACCUCCUGAAGCCAUAACUGAAAACACCCGG